AUACUACGGCUUAGAAAUUUGUUAAUUUGGGUGUAAACAUGAUCCGCAGUCCGCUGAUUGCAGUUAGGAUGGCGAGCCUAGCCAGGCUGUCUCGAGGCCCCUGCGUUGGGGGCUGGGAGAGGGUGAGGGGACUGUCCACCGGGCACUCAGCUUUCUGUGCCCCACAGGAACCGGUGGAGAUGAGGGAGACAGGAGCUGCAGGAGCCGAGGACCCCAGCUUCCCAUUCUCCAGGUCCCUCAUCGGAACUUUCUUCCAGGACCAGCCGCUCCUGGGGAACCAGCUCUUGGAAGAUGCCCUGCUCCAGGGCUAUUUGAGGAGAUAUCUCCCUCCUGAGGUGCUGGGGGAAGUGUGUUCGGAUCUCGAGCGCUUCUCCGAGAGGCUGUGCAGUGAGAUCCAGGCACUGGGGCAGCAGUGUGAGGAGUCUCCCCCCCGGCUGCAGCACUAUGAUCCUUGGGGGCGGCGCGUGGACCGCAUCAUCACCUGCCCUGCCUGGGGCCGCAUGAAGGAGAUCUCCGCAGAGGAAGGGCUGAUCGCCGCAGCCUACGAGAGGAGAUAUGGGCAGUGGAGCCGUGUUUACCAGGUGUCCAAGCUGUACCUGUACUGCCCCUCCGCCGGGCUCUUCUCCUGUCCUCUAGCCAUGACCGACGGGGCCGCCAAGAUCAUUGAGUCGAUUGGUGUCUCUGGCCUGCUGGAAAAGCCAUUCCGACAGCUGACCUCUCGUGACCCCAAGCGUUUCUGGACCUCGGGCCAGUGGAUGACCGAACGCAAGGGCGGCUCUGAUGUCGCCAGUGGGACAGAGACGGUGGCAAAAUCCCAGCCAGACGGGACCUACCGGCUCUACGGCUUCAAGUGGUUCACCUCCGCCACCGACUCGGACAUGACACUGACCCUCGCCAGGGUGGUGGACAACCACGGGCAAACCGUGCAGGGCAGUAAAGGGCUGUCUCUGUUCUACGCGGAGGUCAGAGAUGAGCAGGGCAAGCUGAACAACAUCGAGGUGCAGCGGCUGAAGGACAAACUGGGCACCAGGCAGGUCCCCACUGCGGAGCUGCUGCUGGACGGGGUGCGAGCCCAGCUGAUCUCUGAGGAGGGAAGAGGAGUGGCGUCUAUCGCCAACAUGCUGACGAUUACCCGGAUCCACAACGUCAUCUCUGCAGUCGGGUGCAUGAGAAGGAUAAUUAACUUGGGUCGAGAGUACGCCACCAAGCGCUUCGUGUUUGGAAAGUUCUUGAAGGAGCACCCUCUUCACAUGCAGACCAUGGCAAGGAUGGAGGUGGAGACGCGUGCUGCCUUCCUGCUGCUGAUGGAGCUGUCUCGUCUGCUGGGGAGGGAGGAGACAGGCUGUGCAUCCGAGCUGGAGCUGCACAUGCUCCGACUGCUCACACCGGUCGCCAAGCUCUACACCGGCAAACAGGCUGUGGCGGUGAUUUCGGAGGGGCUGGAGUGUUUCGGGGGUCAGGGCUACAUGGAGGACACCGGCCUACCGGUGCUGCUGAGGGAUGCACAGGUCCUGAGUAUUUGGGAGGGCACGACCAACAUCCUGUCCCUGGAUGUCCUUCGCUCGCUGGCUAAGAGCCGGGGCCGGGUGCUGGAGGCCUUCUUCACAGACGUCAAGCGGAAAUUAGAAGCUGCGUCAGCAAGGCCGGCUCUGGCCCCAGCGAUGAAGGCAGUGGAGAGCUCCCUCCAUGGGCUGGGCCAGUUUGCACAGGUCUCCUCAGAGAGGGGCCCAGACUUCAUGCAGCUCUCAGCCCGAGAUUUUGCUUACAGCCUGGCCCGGAUCUACAUGGGCACUCUGUUAGUGGACCAUGCUGCCUGGGAAGGGGCGUCAAAGUCUGACCUCUGUGCUGCGCUAAGGUGGUGUGAGCAAGAUCUGUGCCCAGUUGUUACCAAAGAGAAAACGGGUUGCUAUAGCCAUGACUCCUCCGCCAUGGAUACUGCCUUGGUGUAUGAGGGGAGCCCCGUCAUCAGAGGAAGACUGUAAUACACCCAUCACACCCAACCCUUCACUGCCUCCAGACAGGCUACAAUGAGAGAGGAGCUUUGCUGUGAUACAGAUACAGCACUGAACAGGUCAGGAACUCUCUUUAUACAAAAAAAAAAGGAAGAAUCUGUUUACUGGAUAGGGUAAAAUAGCAGCUAAAACAAAUACACACUAAAAUAAUGACCUGUACCCGUUGGAAUCCUGUUUAAUUUUCUCUAUAGCCUGUAUGUAUUUCAUACAACCUUAUUUAGCCAAGGAUUGUGAAAUGGGUGACAUAGUUGUAGACUUGUGUUGGGUUUCUGAAAAGGUGCUUGUUUUCUCUAUGCCAUAAUAUCCUGUUGUAUCUACAGAUGCAAUGCAUUGUAAAUUGUUAAACUGACAGGUUUGGUUAUAAUUUGAUUCAUUUUUCCUACCCUGCAGUAAUAAUCUGGUUGGCUUUUGUGGGCUCGCACCGAAUCAAGCAGUGCCUUAUAGUUAUUAAAAUGUGGUUUUGUCAUUUUUCUUCUGUCUUGAUGAAAGUUUUUUUUUGAAGAAGAAGAAGAAUCAUGUAAACUUGGUGCCUCAACUAAAUGCAAAAUAAACAGAAAUAAGUAAACAUCAUUGCAGGGUGACUGUAUGAUUUGGUGCUAUUUCAAUGUGAGUUUAUGCUGCCCUUAUAAAUCUGGCUAUUGUCUGCAAGGGGAAUGCACUGCAUUUGUCACUAGAGGAAUGGGAUGGUAAGCAGCAGUGUUUAAGGAGCAGUUGUAACUGCUGAAAAAAAAAAAAAAAAAAAAAAAAAAAGUUAUUUCUUGACCCCAUCAUGUUCACAAUUAAAUUUUGGUCAGAAUGAGUCCUAGGUUCCAUGACCACCCACCCCACCCACAGAUUAAAUUGUUUCUCAACUAUAAAAUAACAAAUGUGUGUUAGCUACCUUUUAGUUCAUCCUGUUAUAGUAGCAGGAGCAUGCCUAUGUAAGGGUCUUGUCUUCAAGGUAUUUCUUUUAAGCAGGGAAGGCAUCUAGAAUUCUCCAGCCUCUAGAGAACCAAGUUUUGUGAACCAUUCUGGGUCUGCCUCAAUCUGCUUCACAGUCCUGUUUGCAGAAACUUUGCAUGAGAAAGAAGAUUAUAGCAUUUAGUCAUGUUGCUAACAUUUAGCAUAUGUAUAAACUGUACUUCAAAGGAAGGCUUUAACAUUAAUUUCUUUCCUUUUUAGCUUUAUUACUGGUUCUGUUUUGGUUCAUGACACGUUAUUAAUGUCUAUUCAGGAUAUGGAAAUAUUUCAAAUACAACACUGUUGAUGAAAUACUGCAGCCUGGUUCCUUUGUUGUAGGUCACCUGGUCUGGUAACAGGCAGACCAUUAGCAUGAGCUUGAACUUCAACACUUUUAAAUAGCUGUAUAUAUGUGCUGGAGAAAAUGUGUUUUAAUGCCUUGGUUAGCAUUCCAGCACCGAAGCUGCCUAACCUGCACUUCUUCACAUUAAGAACAAUUACAUCUUUAGCUGCUCACCAACUCUUUAGCACCAAUUCUAGAGUUCCAGGAGAACUUGCCACCUGUUUUUUAAGGCUACCCCAAUGCAAGAGAAGAUGUGCCCCUAUGCCAGGGUAACCUCUACCAACGCAGUGCCACAUGAAAAGAAAAAUCAAAAGACAAACCAUUCAUAUUAGCAAAUGCAACACACAGAUGCUAAACAUGUAUUUAUUUAGAUUGUUUGAAUCUCUACAGCGUAAUGCUCUUCAAAGAAAACUGAACAAAAACAAUAUUUAUACUAAGCAAGGUGCAUUUCUGUUACAGGAAAAGAGCUAUGUACAGCUACAAAUUCCUCUUUACAAAGAGAAAAAGAUAACUUAAAAGUGCUUUAACUGAAAAACAAGAAUAAUAAUUAAAAAAAAAAAAACCUUGACAAGUGUGCUGUGAAGGAAUAUGCACAGGUAUAAUCACAUUCCCAGGAACCCGUAUUAUUGCCAAUUGGCACCUGUCCUUCUCUCUCUCAGGAGAAGCUUUGACCCCAAGCCCUAACCUUUUUUAAACCUCUCUGGGACUUCCUCGCUGAAAAACAAAAGCAAUCUGUACAUUAAACCUCAAAGAGAAAAGAAAAAAAAGGUACAAACUGGUGACCCCUAAAGCCAGCCUCCAUGCAGCACCACCCCCUUGUGAUAAAAUGACCUCUUUCCAAAAUACUAGGGCCACACCUACACUUGCAACCAUAACUUUUUUUUUUUUUUUUUUUUUUU